AUGGCCAAAGAUGCGAUCCUGGAUGGCGUCUUUGCCAUCAACAAGCCUGUCGGCGUCAGUUCCGCCCAGGUAAUCCGCGACUGCCAAACCCAAUUCAACCCCUCCACCUUUUUCGCCCCGAUGAUAAACCAAGAGCGCGAGAAGCGCGCGGCCGAAGGCCCCAAGCUCUUCAACAGGCGCAGCAAAGCGAAGAGGGAUCUCCGGGUGAAGAUGGGUCACGGCGGCACCCUCGACCCCCUCGCGAGCGGCGUCCUCAUCCUCGGCCUCGGAUCGGGCACAAAAUCGCUGCAGUCCUUCCUCGACUGCACCAAGACUUACGAGACGAUCGUCCUGUUCGGCGCGAGCACGGAUACGUACGAUCGGGUGGGGAGGAUAUUAACGCGGCGGAGCUACGCGCACAUCACCAAGGACAUGGUGCUGGAGGCGCUGGGGUCGUUUAGGGGGAAGAUUAAGCAGAUUCCGCCGCUGUAUUCAGCGCUGAAGAUGGAGGGUAAGCCGUUGUACGAGUAUGCUAGGGAGGGGAAGCCUAUUCCGAGGGAGAUUCCGACGCGCGAGGUUGAAGUGCAGGCUCUUGAGCUUGUCGAGUGGUACGAGCCCGGAACUCACAGCCACCGUUGGCCUACGGAAGAGGCCGAGGAUGCCGAACGCCAAUUGGCCGAGAGGGUUUGGAAACAACAGGAAAACAGAAAGUCUCUAACCCCCGAGGAGGAGAAGGAAGAGGCCGAGGCCCUUGCGGCGCAUGAGGCCGUCAAGCGUAAGCAUGAGUCCGACGUCGACAGCCUCGUCAGGGACAGGCCGCCUUCCAAGAGGCAGAAGAAGAUGAACAACAGGAACCCCAGGAAUGAAAAGGAAGUUCUGAUGUCCGGCGCUCUAGGCCAGCCCUCCAACAACAACUCGGAUAAUUCGAAUUCAAACAAGGGAUCUAACUUAAUACCACCUACUGAUCCCAAUGCGCCACCCCCUUGGAAAGGCGAGGGCCCAGCAGCCGUCAAGAUACGGAUGACGGUCACAUCUGGUUUCUACGUCAGGAGUUUCUGCCACGACCUCGGCGUCAAGGUCAACUCGGCGGCGAUGAUGGCCGAACUCUGCCGUUCUCGACAGGGCGCGUUCGAGGUGGGGGGCCCGAAUUGCCUCGAGUACAGCGAUAUCGAAAAGGGAGAGGAGGUGUGGGCUCCCAAGGUGGCCAAAAUGCUGGCGAACUGGGCCGAGAGGGGAAAUGCCCCUGUAGAUGCCGCACCUUUAGUGGUGGACCCUGUUCAAGUAUCCAACGAAGUCGCUGCCGAGAAGGCUAGAGAGAGCAGUACCGGACCCGAUGCUCCUCUGCCGCUGCCGGCGGAUGCCGAGACGGUUCCCCAGUCUGUCGAGUCUGAGGAGGUUGCGGUUCAAGCGUCGGCUAGCAAUGGUGUCGAGGUGGAGGGACUUGCGCCCCCGAAGAAAGACGAUGAUGAAGUAUCGUGGAAUGGAUUCCAAGACUAG